AUGUCACCCCAUACUCCCCACUCUGCAUCCUGCCCCUGCACCUCAUCCCCCCACCAUUACUCCCAGCCACCCCUCAAGCUCGAGCAGCUCAAGAACAACCCAGACCUCCAGACGGUCAAGAUAGUCGACAUCGACGAGGUCCACGAGAUGAGCCCCAACCUUAACCUCUUGCUUGGUCACUUGCAUGCCGUGGGUGGGAACGGCGCCUUCAUGGAGCACUUUGGCGAGUUCCAGCCGGAGCUUGUCAAGCUUCCUGGACAGCCCAAGACCAUCAGCCAACACCAUCUCGUCGAAAGUGCCAUUGACUGGGUCGAUAAUACCGCCGCCCAUGUCGUCAACAUGGUGCUCCAGGAUGACACAUUCGCCCAAGGUGCUGGUGGCAAUGGAGGCGACAUUCUUGUCUUCUGCGCCACUGAGAAGCAGAUCCACCAGCUGUUCGACACUUUGGACGAUCACCUGGACGUGGCGGCCCUCAAUGUCACCUUGCGCAGGCGAAAGGUCAUUCUGGCGACAAACAUGGCUGAGACGAGCCUGACUUUCCCUCACCUGGACGUCGUCAUUGACGGUGCGAUCCAGCGAAUGGGUCGUGUUGGCCGCGUGCGACCAGGAACCUACAUCGGACUCUACCUGAAGGGUUUCCAGGACAAGAUGCCGGACUACGACGAUGAGAAUCCCAUCUCAGUGUGCGACUUCUCACUCGUCCUCCUCAAGCUGCUUGCCCGCUGCCACUGUGCGCGACUUUCGCUUCCCCAGAAUACUGACACCUCAGCCUCGCCCCACCCUGUGCAGAUUUAUCGCGCAGUCGACGAGCUUGAGGUGCUGGGAUUGGUACGCCACGAAUCCAGCGGUCUGUCCCUCACCGCCGACGGAAUGUUGGCCAGUGAGCUUGCUCUCGACCCGCCACUGGCGAGGAUGCUCAUGUCCGCCCGUGACUCGUCCUAUCCGUUUGAGGUUGUGAAGCUCGUUGCCGUUUGGAAGGUGAGGUCCGAGACGCGGACUUGA